AUGGACCAUUUCGCAGAGAAGCUAAUGACGAAGCAAAGCCUAGAGGGCCGCCUUCUGUUCGCCGUGCCCAAGAAGGGCCGCUUGAACUCCGCUACGCUCAACCUGCUUGAGGGAGCCGAUAUCCAGUUCCGCCGCGAGAACCGCCUCGACAUCGCCCUUGUCAAGAACCUCCCCAUCGCCCUCAUCUUCCUGCCCGCCGCCGAUAUCCCCACAUUUGUCGGCGAGGGCCGCGUCGACCUUGGUAUCACAGGCUGGGACCAGGUCAAGGAGCACGAUGCCGGCGUCAUCAGCAGCAACAAGGCCCGGAGAGCCUCCGUCGAACUAAACGCCGAGGGCGAGGAGCUCCAAAAGGUCGGAGGCUGCGAGAUGGUCAUGGAACUCGGCUUCGGCCACUGCAAGCUGCAGACCCAGGUCCCGGAGAAGGGCCCUUACGCGACGACGCAGGACCUGGUUGGCAAGACCAUUGGCACCAGCUUCGUCAACCUGGCGGCAGAGCACUUUGCCAAGCUGGAGCUGGGCGUCGAUGCCGAUGGCAACAGCAACACCUCGCCCAAGAAGCUCCGCACCAAGAUUAUCGAUCUCAGUGGAAGUGUCGAGGCUGCUUGUGCGCUGGGUGUCGCUGAUGGCAUCGUUGACCUUGUUGAGUCUGGUGAGACCAUGAGAGCCGCCGGCCUCAAGGCCAUUGACACCGUCGUCGACUCUCAAGCCUGCCUCAUCAAGUCUCGGUCGCCGUCAAACACCGAGCUGAUCGAGCUCAUCGCCGCCCGUAUCCGUGGUGUCAUUACCGCUCAGAGAUUCGUCCUGUGCCAGUACAACAUUGAGAGGUCACGUCUGGUUGAGGCCAAGCAGAUUACCCCUGGAAAGCGGGCGCCGACCAUCACAACGCUGGACGAGGAGGGCUGGGUCGCCGUCAGCUCAAUGGUCGAGAAGAAGAAGAUUGCGCUGGUGAUGGACGAUUUGACCCGCGUUGGCGCUCAGGACAUUUUGGUGCUCGAUAUCCACAACACUCGAUAG